AUUCCCAAGAGGCGGCCACGGCAGGAGCAGCCGGCAUUCCGCGAGAGACGUCAACGGCUCUUUGAGACUCGCCAGCCUUUUGCCUUCGCCGCUGACCCCGCCGAUGCCGACCCCGCCGAUGGGAGCCGCUGUCAACGCCCCCCAGUCCCUCUUAUGGACCUCGCGGAAGGGCUACGACCUGCUCCGCCACCCGCAGUUAAAUAAGGGCCUAGCUUUCACACUGGAAGAGAGGCAACAGCUGAAUAUUCAGGGAUUGCUACCUCCUUGUUUUCUCACUCAAGAUGUGCAAGUGUUAAGGAUUCUUAAAAACUUUGACAGACAGACAACUGACCUGGACAGAUACAUUCUGUUAAUGGAUCUUCAGGAUCGAAAUGAAAAACUUUUCUAUAAAGUGCUGACUUCUGACAUUGGAAGAUUUAUGCCUAUUGUUUACACUCCCACCGUGGGUCUGGCAUGCCAACAAUAUGGUAUAGCAUUUCGGAGGCCAAGGGGACUUUUCAUUACGCCCCAUGACCGAGGACAUGUUGCAACAUUGCUUAAAUCAUGGCCUGCAUCUGUCAUCAAGGCUAUUGUGGUGACUGAUGGAGAACGUAUUCUUGGCCUCGGAGACCUUGGUUGUCAUGGAAUGGGCAUCCCAGUGGGUAAACUUGCACUUUACACAGCAUGUGGAGGAAUGAAGCCCCAGGAGUGUCUGCCAGUUAUGCUUGAUGUGGGAACUGACAAUGAGGUGUUACUAAAUGAUCCUUUGUAUAUUGGACUGAAACAUAAACGAAUCAGAGGCCAAGCUUAUGAUGAACUUCUAGAUGAAUUUAUGCAAGCUGUGACUAACCGAUAUGGCAGAAACUGCCUCAUUCAGUUUGAGGAUUUUGCUAAUACAAAUGCAUUCCGCCUCCUGGAGAAAUAUCGCAACAAAUACUGCACUUUCAAUGAUGACAUUCAAGGAACAGCUUCAGUGGCUCUUGCAGGUCUGCUUGCAGCUCUUCGCAUCACUGGCAACAAGCUGUCAGAUCACAAAAUACUGUUCCAGGGGGCAGGAGAGGCAGCUCUGGGGAUAGCCAAUCUUGCUGUUAUGGCUAUGGAAAAGGAAGGGACGCGGAAAGAGGAAGCCAUCAAAAAGAUAUGGAUGGUGGAUUCUAAGGGAUUAAUAGUAAAGGGCCGUGCCUCACUGACUUCUGAGAAGCAACAAUAUGCCCAUCAACAUGAGGAGAUGAAAAAUUUAGAAGAUAUUGUCAGAAAACUGAAGCCAACUGCACUUAUAGGGGUUGCUGCUGUUGGUGGAGCAUUUACAAAACAAAUUCUCAAAGACAUGGCUUCCUUCAACAAGCGGCCAAUUAUUUUUGCUCUUAGUAACCCAACCAACAAAGCAGAAUGCUCCGCUGAGGACUGCUAUAAUCUAACUGAGGGCCGUGCCAUUUUUGCAAGUGGGAGCCCUUUCGAUCCCGUCAAGCUUUCAGAUGGCCGCACAUUUUUUCCUGGACAGGGUAACAAUGUCUAUGUGUUCCCAGGAGUUGCCCUUGGAAUUGUUUCAUGUGGAAUGAGGCAUAUAAGUGAAGAGAUUUUCCACACUACUGCAGAGGUUAUAGCUCAGCAGGUUUCAAAGCAACAUUUAGAAGAAGGGCGUUUGUACCCACCUUUAACUACGAUUCAUGAUGUAUCUCUGAAAAUUGCUGUAAAAAUUGUAGAGGACGCCUACAGAAACAACACAGCCACUUUUUACCCUGAGCCAGAAGACAAGGAAGCAUUCAUCCGCUCCCAGGUUUACUCCACUGAUUAUGAAAGCUUUCUGACAGACUCCUACUCCUGGCCCAAAGAAGCAAUGAAAAUACAGAGUAUAACCUUUUAACAGAAAACUGCACUGCAAUGAUCUUGGAAACACUCACAUAUCUGCUAAUUGUAUUUCUUUCUUAAAAUUGACCAGUUCUGUCAAAACCCAGGAUGUAUUGUUUUUUAUCUUUUUUAAAGAAGCAAGAUAAGUAAUCUCAUGCUUAUUUCUCUAUAAGCUAAUUCAGCAGGCUACAAUAACAUCAAAUUAAUAUAAGGCAUGUUUGGGGCUAUUUCUUUUUAAAGGUUAAGAAUACUGCAUGGGUGGUACUAUACUUUUCAUAAACUUGGAUAUCUCUGUGACAUUUUGGGUAUUCAUUACAUGUUUGCCAUUUUCAAGCGAAGCAAUAUUACAUCCAAGUGAUAAAGCAAUACAUCAUCAUCAUUUAAAAUGUGAUUUGGCUAUUUCUUUUGACUAUUUUCAUAAAGGAGGAUAUGGAGAAAUAGGAGGGUUAAAAAGCUGAAUAAAUAUCUCAGAUUAGAAGUCC